AUGAUUUCCAAUACUUAUUUUCAGAUUCAAAUCUGCUUACCCUGGGCCUGGGGCAUAUUUGUGACAAUUUUUUGGGAGAUAGCUUCCGCGUGCAGUAGUUGCAGCUACGCAUUCGACGAGGAAGUUGCUGCCUGGGGUGAUGAUUGUCCACCUGCUUUCACUCUGUACACGGUCACCGUACCUGUCUAUAUCAGUACGGCAACGGUCUUCAUAGCUAAUGCGUUCAUAUUGCUCAAGCUAAAAGCUGCCAGUAAUCGACUUGCGUUUGCCAAUGAUGCUGAGAGACGUCGAAACGGGGACCGAAUCAAACGGAUUGUUUUGCAGGGAAUAUGUCAGGACUCUACAUUCCUUGUUGAAACCUUCAUGUUCAAUUACGCGGGUGGGAUGAGCGACUCCAUUAUGUGGUGGUUCAUUUGUUACUCUCUGGCAUGGGAGCUCUCUCACGCUAUCGAUGGGCUUAUAAUCUUCUUAUUUAACGCCCGGAUCACUUCGAAAGGCAGUGGUGUACCUACCACAACCAAAUUCUGA